GUCCGCUCGCGCGUAUAUAUGUACACACACGCGUACCGGUAACCGGCGUGCAGCGCGCUAUCGUUUCGCGCUAUACUACGCACCCACCCACCCACACGCACACACUGCUGCGCUCGCGCACAACCUAAGUGGCUGUAAUACACACACCCAACACACACACACGCGCGCGCACACACACACACACAUACACACACACACACACAUACACUCACACACACAUAUACACGCGCGCGCACACGUUGAGGGCCCGCGUAGUACACGCAGCAGCAGCACCAGCAGCAGCAGCAGUAUUGUGUGUGGUGUGCGCGACGUUCGUUUCCUGCAAAAACACACCGUGCGAAUUGCGUUUUUUUAGCUUUCGUUUUGCGCGUUCGAGUUAAUCGGUUUUUGGUUUCGGUUUCGUUUUAAUUUGGUUUUUUUUUUCCUGCCGUCGCUGUAAUCAUCGCGACCGUUAUCAUCACCGCCGUGUCGCAGUCGUCUCGUCCGAAGUAUCCACUGGUUUCUCACGGUUGACGGCGGUGCAGGUGGUGUCCUCCCGUCAUGCCCGCGAUCCGCGUCGCCGUCGUCGGAAUCGGUGCACGACGACCGCCGCCGUCGCCGGACCGCCGUCCGGAACACGGCCGCUUCUGAUCCGCGCGUUUCGCAGUCGUCUCGAGAUGACGGCCACGGCCACGGCUUCUGCUGCUGUUGCUGCCGGUGCUGCGGUGACCACCACUACCAUCAUCACCACCACCGCCAUCGCCGACACAAUCGCGUCGAGAGGACGUCGUGACGCGUCGCGGCGGUAAGAAGAACGCGCGCGCGGUCUUUUCCGGUCCACUCGCCCACCCCUCCCCGACCACCCCUAGCCACUACCGCUGGUAACCGUGUGUUGGCACGGUGACGGUGCUGGCGGCGACGGCGGCGGCAGCGGGCACGACGUAUUGUUUUUGGACGAUAUGAAGUGCUGCGUUACGCGGGACGCGUGAACGAAAAUGCAACGUGACAAGGCCAUCACAAUAGUCUUUUUCACUACAGCUAUUCAAAUUACUGCGAGAGCGGCGACGGAGACGAUUGCGACCACCGUACGAGUGCCAAAGGCCGCAGUGAAAACAUGAACACUUCCGUUGGACUGCUGAUGGCCGUGUUCUUCGUCUGUUCACAGUUCAUCCGAGGUUGUUGGUGUUCAGAAGACGAGGAGCGUCUGGUUAGAGAUCUUUUCAGAGGCUACAACAAACUAAUCAGACCAGUCCAGAACAUGACCGAAAAAGUCAAUGUACAGUUUGGUUUAGCAUUUGUUCAACUCAUUAACGUGAACGAAAAGAGUCAAAUAAUGAAAUCGAACGUUUGGUUGAGACUUGUAUGGAGGGACUAUCAAUUACAAUGGGACGAGGCAGACUACGGUGGUAUACAGGUGCUCAGGUUACCACCGGACAAAGUGUGGAAGCCGGAUAUAGUGUUGUUCAACAAUGCUGAUGGAAAUUAUGAAGUUCGUUACAAAUCGAACGUGCUCAUUCGACCAAAUGGAGAACUUCUAUGGAUACCACCGGCAAUUUACCAGAGCUCCUGCACCAUAGACGUUACAUAUUUUCCUUUUGAUCAGCAAACUUGCAUAAUGAAAUUCGGCUCUUGGACAUUUAAUGGCGAUCAAGUAUCGUUAGCGUUAUACAAUGACAAACAGUUCGUCGACCUGUCUGACUACUGGAAAUCCGGAACUUGGGAUAUUAUAGAGGUACCUGCGUAUCUGAACGUAUACCAGGAGUCACCUACCCAGACGGACAUUACGUUCUACAUAGUGAUUCGAAGGAAAACUCUGUUCUACACGGUGAACUUGAUACUGCCCACGGUCCUCAUAUCUUUCCUGUGCGUGCUAGUGUUCUACUUGCCAGCCGAAGCCGGUGAAAAGGUCACGCUGGGCAUCAGCAUCUUACUGUCACUAGUCGUCUUCCUACUGCUCGUCUCCAAAAUACUGCCACCCACUUCUUUAGUACUGCCGCUCAUCGCCAAAUACUUGCUAUUCACGUUCAUCAUGAACACAGUCAGUAUAUUGGUCACUGUUAUCAUAAUCAACUGGAAUUUCCGAGGGCCUCGUACCCACCGUAUGCCGCCUUGGAUCAGGACUGUGUUCCUAUACUACCUGCCGGCAUGCAUGUUCAUGAAACGGCCGAAGAAAACGCGACUAAGGUGGAUGAUGGAAAUGCCGGGCAUGAGUGGCCCGCCGCAUCCGCACCACACGUCGCCGUCGGACCUGCCCGCGCCCGCGCCCCCGAGUUCCGCGACGCCGUCCAAACACAAGAUGGAGGCAAUGGAGCUGGCCGACCUGCAUCAUCCCAACUGCAAGAUCAACAGAAAGGCAAGCGCGGAGCGGAGGGAGAGCGAGAGCUCCGACUCGCUAAUCCUAUCGCCGGAGGCGUCUAAGGCCACCGAAGCAGUGGAGUUCAUCGCCGAACACUUGAGGAACGAGGAUCAAUACAUACAGAUAAGAGAAGACUGGAAGUACGUGGCGAUGGUUAUUGAUCGACUGCAGUUAUAUCUGUUCUUCUUUGUCACCACCGCCGGCACCCUUGGAAUACUAAUGGAUGCCCCUCACAUAUUCGAGACUGUCGACCAGGACAAAAUCAUCGAAAUCUACGGCGGAAAAUAAACAUAUAAGAAAUAAAAAGAUUUAUAGAUGAAAAUGCUCAAGUUAGAACUAAUUUGCUUCAGAGGAGUUAUUUAAAAUAAUAAUAAUAAUUAAAAUAAUAAUUCUAUUAUUUAAAAAUUAAUGAACAAAAAAAAAACAGUACUGUAUAACCAUCGUGUUGUUAUUAUUAAUAUAAAAAUACAACUUAGUUAGUUUAAGUGCCAAAAAAAAAAAGAAAUGUUAUUUAUUACUAUUGUGUAAAAUAAUUAAUGAUGUUUAAGAAAAAAAAAACAAAUAAUAUUACUAAUAUUUUUAGAUUAGUGUUAAUGUUGGAAUGAACAGCUCGCGAAAAUGUCUCGAACGUCCGUACGUAUACUGUUUGUAUUGCAAAAAUAUCCUAAGGGGUUUUGAAUGUGCUCAAAUCGUUCAUUUUCAAAGCACAACACACAGGGGGAUGAUUUAUCACAGAUCCGAACCAAAUUUAUUUUGUCCUUUAGAAUUUCUUGUAUUUCCGUUGCGUCCCUUCCAAUAACGCACCGGUAUGCUGUGAACCGCUCACCCUGUGUAACUCCAAUGUGCCAAAAACGUUGACGUGACAGAAGAUAAACUGAAUUUUUUUUGCUCAAACUCGUCGCGUAUAAUAUGUAAACAAAAUAAAUGGCCCGAAGUUAUUAUUUUAUAGGUUUUUCUAACGACAAUAAUUAAAAAGAAAAGCCGAAACAUAUUAUUAUUACCGCAAUGUUUGUUUAUAACUAUAAUUAUAGUUUAAUUUGUUUUUAAUAAAUAUUUCCUCAUCUAAAUAUAUUAAAUUCUUCGCUCAAAUAUAUUUCGCUUAUGCUGUACUAUAUAGACGAUGACGUCCGGGACAUAUUCGUCAAAUUUUGAACCAACGUUUGGUGUACAUAACUAUUAUUGUUAUAUUUUUUUAGUUUUUUUAUUUCUCAAUUUAGUAGAAGUCAUUCCAUGCCCGGUUUGUCUAGAACACUCAAAUUAUGAACAUUAAAUAAGAAUAACUUUGUGCGGUCUACUAUUAUAUUAUAAUGAUGAUAAUAAUAUUAUACGUGUAUGAAUGUGCCCUGCAACGAUUGUCCUGAGUGGUGGAGCUAACCGGGCUAAUAUUACUGUCCAUAGGUUAAAUCCAACGCUGGUUUCAAAAUGGUCGUAUAUACAAAUUAAUCGUUAGAAACCGUUUGCAACUUUCUAGCAUAACCUAUGUUAUAAUCAAAUUUAUAUUAAAUACUAAUAUCUAAUCAUUUAUUGUUAUUAUUAUUAUUAUAGUGUGCACUAACGGCAUACGGCUCACGUUAGUUGUAUACUAGAAUUUAGUUUAUUUUAUUGUUUUAUUAAAAAAAAAAAACAAACAAAUUUAUUUGUUUUUGUUUUUGUUUUUUGUGUAGUGUGUGUUGCAAAAUUUUGGUGUACGUACAAUUUUGUUACUGCGUUUUAAUAUUAUAAUAAUGUUACAACCCUUAAAAAGGGAAUUUUUUUAAGUAUUGUAUAAAAAUAAUAAAUAUAGUUAAGUCAUGGAAGAUAUACAACACAGCUGUUACAAUCAUCCGUGUACACAAUAAUAAUUUAAUUACAAAAAAAAAAAAUUAAGAAAUUCAGACAAUCUCAUCCAAUUGUAAAAUGUUUAUGUAAUUUCUGUUUGUGUUGGCUAGUGUAUAAAAAAUAACAAAUGUUAAGAAUAAAAACAGUUUGUUAUAUGCCAUUGCGCAAUGUUUGAAACGAAUCGAACAAUUUAAGAAACAAUAUUGUUCUUAUUAAGUAUCUAAGAUCUUUUAAGAUGUUGGAUAAUGUUUUGGCUUAUUUUUCGUUAAUUUAUUUUACAUUUACUUUGUUCGUAAGUCAAAUAAUGCAACAAAACUGAAAAUAACGAAUUAUAAAAAUAUGAUGUUUUUUUUUUGUUUAUUUCGAUUUAGUCGUUUAUUUGUUAUUUAUUAUUAUUAUUAUUAUUAUUAUUAUUAUUAUUAUUAUUAUAUAAUUGUUAAAAAAAAGUCUGGUAUUAUUAUAUGGAUAUUUAGUAUCUGCGCAAUAAAAUUCAUAUUUAGCGACAUUUAUCAAAUUGAAACUUGAAACAAUUUUUUUUUUAUAUGUAUAAUUUAAAUAGAUAGGCUACAUUAUUCGCAUUUUUACAAGUAAAAAAAAUAAUGUCUGAACAAAAUGUGUUGUGAAACAGAAUAAAAAAUUAAAUAACUAAGAUAUAUAUAAUAUAAAUUUGUAAACGUUUUAAAAUAAAUUAUAGCCAAAUAAAUUAAACAAAUUUAUUGCUUGAA